AUGGCAGCUGCAGCGAUCAACCUGGGUGACGCGCCGGCAGGACCCCUGCUGGCGGCAUCGGCGCGUGGACAUGAUUGCGAGGCAGCCCAGGCGCAUGCAACCGGGGCGCUCCACCUCCCGACCAUCAGCAUGACGCGCGCGGGCGGCUGGUUACACGGCGUGACCGCAGAGGGUGCCCAGGUGAAGUUCGCGAAGUACCGUGGGCAGUUUCAUGGUGCAUCAGACAGAUACAUCAGCAAGUGGAAGUCGCGCUUGCGAGCGCAGGACGAAGCACAGUCCACCUCCCGCGCGACGAGGGCAAACGUGGGUUCGCUGACCCCGUCGCGGCUGGUCUCCGAGCGAGGCGCGGACGCCCCGGGCCCCGCGGGGCUCCGGAGGGUCUGUUGGGGCAAGGGCGACGAGGGCAGCAGCGCUGCAGACGCGACGAUGGGGCGGUCGCGUCGGUUGGGGCCCCAGGGGAGCAUGGAACAGACCGCCGCGGCGAGGGCGGGGCCCACGAGGGCCGCAGAACCCCGUCGACCUAGCGGCCGCGACCCACAGCCAUCGACGGCUGGCGCUCAGGACGGCGUAGGACAGGGGCGCCAGCGGGGAGAUCGGAAGCGCUCAGCGCGCGCUGAAGUGCGCGGAGAACAACGCCGCGAAAACGCGGGCAUUGGCCUGCAGGAGCAGCUAGACCACAAGUGCAAGCUGAUGAUCAGCACGAGUUGGCGCGCGGCCCUCGAGAGCAACGCGGACCAGGGGGAGCUCGCCAAGCCGGAGGACGCGUGCCACCUGAAGGACCAGACGGACAGCAUCGGCGCAUCCAUCGAGGGCCCCCCGAAAGUUAAGGUGCUGCCGACGGCGCGGCUCGCGGGCCGCAGCCCGCGCACUCCCAGCAGCAAGGAUUGCGAAGGCGAGCGGGCGGGUGAGACGACCGCGGGCCCGAACAAGGUCGACAGGAAGGGAGGGGGGGCCGCGGGCGCAGUGUGGAAUGACUGCGGCGACAAGGCGACGAAACCACAGGGCCAGAUCGCCCAGCAGACGGAGACGGCUCGCACCCCUGCUGAGAAGGAGGUCGAGGAUAUUAUGAAGGUGCUCCGAGACAAGAUCUCGGAGCACUCAGAGAAGAUGUCGCGUAAAAAGACGAACGCGGCAGGGCCGCCCGAGGGCCGCUGGAGGCCCCCGCGGCCGCGGCGCGCGGCCGCGAGCUGGGGCGCGGCCCGGGCCGCCGGGCAGCACCGCGCGCGGGGCGCCGCGCCGGCGGCCCUGGAGGUGCGCGCGCCCGACUCCGCGGGGGGCGCGGCGGCCUUCGGCGGCACCUUCUGGAGGACGCACGACUUCAACGAGGCGCCAGCAUACGCGCAUGGGAGCUUGAGGUACCACCUCUUCUCGGCGCCGCCUCUUCGGGGACUGGAAGAUCGCGGCGGGCCUCGCCGAACGGGCGCCGUGCGCGGCCUUCCUCGACGGCGAAGCCGGGACCCCCCCCUGGAGCGCUGCGCCGGUGGUGCCGCGCGGAGGACCCGAGGCCCACGACAGCCGGAGCUCCAGUGGGCGGUGUGGAGCCCUGCGGAGUGCCGCUUCGUGGUUCAGGCCGUGUCCGUGCGAGCCUCGCCGAGCGUCGAGAAAAGACUGACAUCGGUGCGCCUCCCACGCCAGGGGCAACGUUAGGGUUAUAAUCUCGGGUCAAGCGCAGAACAAGGAGCUUUAUGCGUAGACGAAUUAGGCCUCGUCCGCAGGGGUGGGUCUGCCGCCGCGAGUUUGAAUCGUAGGCCUUUGGAGUGAUAGCGUUAUGCACUGACAGAACUGCGUUCAGUCAAAACGCACCUGAGCGCAACUGCUGAUA